UACAGAUCAAAGCGUUGCAGUCAAUGUCAUUUUGAUAAUUGUAGUUUUCUUGUUUCUAUUAGUUGGUUUGUGUUAUUUGAAUUGUUUUGAUUUAUGCUAUUCUUAUAAAUUAUAGUGUAAAACAACUUUUAUCGGUUAAUAUGCCUAAGUACUAUUGCGACUACUGUGACACAUACUUAACCCACGACUCUCCUAGUGUGCGAAAAACACACUGCACUGGAAGAAAGCACAAGGAUAAUGUGAAGUUUUUCUAUCAGAAAUGGAUGGAAGAACAAGCACAACAUCUUAUCGAUGCAACUACGGCAGCAUUUAAGGCGGGAAAAAUUGCUCAAAAUCCGUUCGGAGCUAAAGGAGCCUCUAUUCCCCCACCUUGGGAUCCUUCAGUUAUGGGUCCCGGAGGACCUAGACCACCAGUGCCGGCGCAAGGAGGACCUCCAGGCAUGAUACCACCUCCAUCAAUGGGUCAUGGUGGACCGAUGGCUCCACCAAUGAUGAUGGGUCCGCACGGGCCUAUGCCUCCUAUGAUGGGAAUGAGACCACCUAUGAUGGGUCCAUUGAUGGGACCCAUGGGGCCAAUGGGACCUAUGGGACAGAUGAGGCCACCUCUAAUGAAUGGACCUCCUAUGAAUAAGUAGUAAUAAACAAUCCUCAUUAUGUGAAUUCAAA